CCCAGGUACGGUCGUCUGCGUGGUUGGAAUGUACUGUAUGUGUGUGGGACUGAUGAGUACGGUACAGCUACAGAGAACAAGGCCCGUGAGGAAGGUCUGACAGCGCAGCAGAUCUGUGACAAGUACCACGCUGUCCACGCCUCCAUCUACCAGUGGUUCCAGGUGGACUUCGACUUCUUUGGCCGCACCACCACAAGGAAACAGACUGAGAUAGCCCAGAACAUCUUCUGGCGUCUCCAUGAGCGAGGCUUCCUACUUGAAGACAUUGUGGAGCAGCUGCGCUGCGAGGCGUGCCAGCGUUUUCUAGCCGACCGCUUCGUCGAGGGAACAUGUCCCUUCUGCUCUUACCCAGAGGCCCGAGGGGACCAGUGUGACAAGUGUGGCAAGCUUAUCAACGCUGUGGAGCUACGGGAGCCUACUUGUAAGGUGUGUAGUCAGACUCCUGUAGUCCAAUCCUCCAAACACCUGUUCCUGGACCUGCCCAAGUUGGAGGCUGAGUUGGAGCAGUGGUUGGAGAGGUCUAUUGGGUCAGGGGACUGGACGGCCAACGCCAAACAGAUCACCAGAUCCUGGGUGAGGGACGGACUCAAACCCCGCUGCAUCACCAGAGACCUGAAGUGGGGAACCCCUGUACCUCACCCCGACUUCUCUGACAAGGUGUUCUACGUGUGGUUUGACGCUCCUAUUGGUUACCUGUCCAUCACAGCCAACUACACUGACCAAUGGGAGAAGUGGUGGAAGAACCCACAGCAGGUGGAGCUGUAUAACUUCAUGGCCAAGGACAAUGUUCCGUUCCACAGUGUGGUGUUCCCCUGCUCUCUACUGGGAGCACAGGACAACUAUACACUGGUCAACCACCUGGUGGCUACAGAGUACCUGAACUACGAGGACACCAAGUUCUCUAAGAGUCGAGGUGUUGGUGUGUUUGGUGACAUGGCCAAGGACACGGGUAUCCCCUCUGACGUGUGGCGAUUCUACCUGCUGUACCUCCGUCCCGAGGGUCAGGACUCGGCCUUCUCCUGGGUCGACAUGGCCACCAAGAACAACUCUGAGCUGCUCAAUAACCUGGGCAACUUCAUCAACAGGGCUGGUAUGUUUGUCAGUAAGUUCUUUGAGGGCUGUGUCCCUGCCAUGGUUCUUCAGCAGGAGGACAAGAGACUGUUGGCUCAGGUGGGAUGGGAGCUGAAGCAGUACAUUAACCUCAUGGACAGAGUCAAGAUCCGUGAUGCCCUGAAGUGUAUCCUCAACAUCUCUCGCCACGGUAACCAGUACAUCCAGGUCAACGAACCCUGGAAGAAAAUUAAAGGAGACGAAACAGACAGGCAGCGAUCGGGUACAGUGACAGGUGUGUCUGUGAAUGUGGCGUGCCUGCUGUCCGUCAUGCUCCAGCCCUACAUGCCAACGGUCAGUCAGACCAUCCGCAGGCAGCUGAACGCUCCGCCCUCCGUCACCGGGACCCUGCUGCAGGGCCCAGGGACCUUCGUCUGCUCUCUGCCCGCCGGGCAUCACAUUGGCACGGUCAGCCCGUUGUUCCAGAAGCUAGAGUCCGAACAGAUUGAGUCUCUGAAGAAGAGGUUUGGAGGACAGCAGCCAGAGGAGGAAGAAGAAUCCAAACCGAAGCCAAAGACGACAGCCCAGACUGCCACAACCCCAGCUUCAGAUCCGGCCGCUCGGACUGCAGUGAACGGAGUAGACGCUGAGAGAGCCAGGGAGUUAACACUGGCUGUGGCAGAACAGGGCGAGAAGGUCCGGACCCUGAAGGGCCAGAAGGCAGAGAAAACUGUGAUUGGAGCAGAGGUCACCAAACUACUGGAACUGAAGAAACAGCUGUCCCUGUCUGAGGGAAAGGACCCAGAACCAGUGCUGACAAAAGGCAAGAAGAACGCCCAGCCUGCCACAACCCCAGCUUCAGAUCCGGCUGCUCAGACUGCAGUGAACGGAGUAGACGCUGAGAGAGCCAGGGAGUUAACACUGGCUGUGGCAGAACAGCCAGCUAACUUCUACACCUGA